AUGCCGCACGUUGCGAAGUGGUGUUCAUUUGUUUACUGUGACGUUCGAGUUUUCUGUUUCUAUGAAGAUAAGUAAUUGCCACGAUGGCUGAUGCCGGUGUAAAUAUUGGGAAAACGGAAAUGGAAGCCAGUGACAAGCAGCUCGAGGAACCUACACAGGCAGUGACAGAUAUUGAAUUCCAGGCGUCCCAGGUUAUUGAACGCCUCGAGGAAGCUGUGGAGAAAGCAGAAAAAGGAAGAAGUGAAAGCAAUGGACAGGCCUGGGAAAAUUCAUAUGGGUUUUUACCAUUCCCACGGAAGCCAAAGGAUGAAAUAAUAAAUAUUUUGGAGGAUUUAAUAGUAUUUGAGGAAGGUAAAAAUCGAGAUGAUGUUGCAGAAGAUGAGGGAGUCAGCACUCCAGCAGUUGCAGUUCUGCCUCCCCUGGAUUCCAUUUCGAGGCUAGCAGUGCUGACUCAGAGCAUUGCUGCAUACGCAUCGGGGCUGGAGAGACAGCAUCUUCAAAGACUUGUCACUAAAAUAACAUCAGAUGUUACGAGAUGGCUGAGUCACAUAUUCAGGUUUCUCGACAGUGCUUCAUUUUUCCAUGAUGAUCCCAUGGACGGUGUUGUACGGCUGACUCGUAUGAUGCUGCAUUAUAAGUAUCCGAAAUACCUUGAGGAUGGCUACGAAGCCCUCUCGUCACACCCUCCUGUUAUUUAUAGUAGUGUUGCUUCACCUCUAGGAGUUGUUCAACAUAUCUGCCGUCAGUUGGGUUUGCCAAUGUUCUGUGUUCGCCCAGUGCCUUGCAACACGAUGUUUGGAUCGCAGCAGAAAAUUGAUGUCGCUGCCCUUGAGAGGCUUAUGGAAGAAGAUGCUGCUGGAGGGCGGAUCCCUCUUAUUGUUUUGGCAGAUGCAGGGACAGCUGUUGCCGGACACGCCGAUUCAGUUGCUAGGAUUUAUGAAUUGUGCAGACACCACGACGCGUGGCUUCACCUCCGUGGUCACGGCUUGGCUGCACUGGCCCUUGCUGCUCAGCCCAGCAUUGCAACACCAAAUUCUCAGCCACCAUCUCCACUUGGUGACAUAAUGGUUGGAAGAAUUGCAGAUAGCUUUACUCUGCCGAUCGGUACAUGGUUAGGCAUUCCUACAUUGCCUAUGGUUACUUUGUACAGGCUGUUUGAACAGACAAGUAUGAAGCCGUCCAGGCUGGUCGCUACUGUGGGUGUGCCUCGUGAGAGCACACUUCCAAUAAUUGCUGGUUUGACAGCUGACCACAGCACUCGUCGGCUGAGCUGUAUGUCACUCUGGGUCACUCUUCAGGCUCUGGGUAGAGAAGGAAUCCAUCAAAGGAUACGACAAGCAUUUGAAUCGACAGAACAACUCUGGAGAAGAUUGUCAAAAUAUCCAUGCCUUCGUUUGUUGAGCCAACAACCAGGUGGUGAGUCUGGAACAAUUACUGUCAAUGAAUUAGUGACCCGUCCAGUUAAUACCUCAAUGCUUUUUGAAGUUGUUGCCUCCACAGUUGUGUUCCAGUUCAUUCCUGAAGCAAGUGAAGGAAAUGAAAGUGGACGUGUGCCCUCGUACUAUGACAAGCUCAAUUCAUGGCUCGGGCAGAUCCUUCAGCGAGAUGCCCCACAAGUACCAGUGGAAAUAUGUGAACUGGAAACUAGCGGUGUGGUUUUACGAUACUCACCUCUGGAGUUGGGGCAAGACAGGCAACCUACAGUAGAAGACAUUGAUUCAUUUAUUAUUUGUCUAGAGCAACAACUGGACAUUCUUUCAGCAACAGUUGCACAUAAAGCAACAUUCCAACGCCUUGUGUCAUCUACGCCAAAUCUGUGCUUGGUUGAAAUGGAAGGAUGGGCCGGCUUGGGUGGUGUCCGCUAUGUGCCAGAAGCGUGGCAAACUUUACUUACUGACCAGGCCAAAGAAGAGCUCAAUAAACUCAAUGUAUCGCUCGUUGAACAGCUGCGGAGUACAGAUGCUGCAUUUUCUUUGGGAGAGGGACCAGAUGGCCUGGCUUGUGUAAGAUUUGGCAUGGUGACAGCAGAAACAGAUGUUGAGGAGUUGCUGGGAUUGGUGGUCAGUUUCGGGCAAGAAGUUGAAGAGUCUUCACGUUUCCUUGAAACAAUGACGGAGAUAGUGAAAAAAGGUAUUGAAACAGCUACACUAGAUUUACAGAAGGAAAAUGAAGAAAGGCUGUGGCAAGAGGGUAUACUGAGGCAUGUGCCAGUAUUUGGUAGUCUCGUGAACUGGUGGUCACCUCCAAGCAAAGAGGGAGGUAUCAAAGGGCGCAGCUUAAAUCUUACAGCAGGUGUCGUAGAGAGCACAGAGAAUAUCUACCGGUAUCACAUGCAACUGCAGCAGGGCGUGCCCCCAGCGCCCGGCACACGAUCACCGCCGCAGCCACAGGUGCAGACUCCGAUCGCUCCCCCCAGCGGCAAACAUUCACGUUCGUCAUCGCACAGUUCACAACAGUCUCAGUCGCACACCACUCCCAUUGGAGCUGUCGGCAGUACUCCAGUCGAGCAACACCAGACUACUCCGUAGAAAAUUUUGUCUUUUUAAAACUAAUUAUUAUUGGAAUCAUGCACGAGCUAUCAGCACAGCUGCCAGGUGUCAGUAAUGCCUGUUUACGCAUUUGUGCUGCUACCAGCAGCUGAGGAGCAUGUAGAGUUUUGUUCUCACCUAUGUGUGAUGGAGCUCCGCUCUGGAUGAGAGCUCUUAUUCACAUCACAGUCCAGAAGAAAUUCUCUUGUGAAAGGCUUUCCUGGUUAUUAUCUUGUGUUGCUAAACUUGUCUGAAUCACUUGAGAAGCGACGUACUUGAACAUUACUGUUGCCAGACGCUAUGCCUGUCCUGAUAGUCCAUGAGAAUUUUCUCUAUUUGUCUGGGACAGGGCUGCUGGAUAGGGAGUUCACAUUUUAUGCUUUUAUAAAUUUUCUGUUUGGUAAAAUACUGCUUUCCACUGUCAUAUUGAAUUGCACAUUUAGAUGUAAUUUUUAUUCUUUGGUAAUGUGUGUAUCCUGUUCUUAAAGAUCAGUACAGAAUUACUAUAUGAUGAUACACAUGUUCAUCCUUGGUGAGCCGCAAAGAGAGAUUGACAAUUUAUGGUGCUACAUUUAUUAUGCAGUUUAGUGUAUAUUAAACCCAAGAAAAUGAUUUGGGUUUGCUAGGUAUCUCCGCUGACAGCUGCAGUAUAUCAGGACAAUAAUAGCACUGCUCUGAUUUUUCUCAAUCUUUUUACUGAAAUACAUUGUUUGGAGGUACAGUUUAUGCCCAUGUCUGAUUAUAAGUUCUUGGCAUCUAAAUGGUAAUCCACUUUCAGAUUUAAAAAUACAACUUUGUUACAGAAACUUUGAUGAAUGCACCACACAGUUUAUUGAUAAAGGGUAUUGAUUGCAUUUAUAAAUUCAUUAACCCUCAAUUUUCUAGAAAUACUGCCGCAUGUGAAAGCUCAGCAGAUUUGGGUAACAUUCAAAUGGUUUUUGACUUGGAAAAAAUUCCCAUGAUGAUGGUUGACUGAAUGAAUAUCUCUAUGAACCCUUUGGAAGUACAGGAGUAAAACCCAUUUUUCUGUUUGAUACUCUCUAUAUGAAAUUUGUGAAGUUUAAAAUUAUACAAUCAUUUCAUUUGUCUGUAGAAAUCUCCAACUUUGAUGUAAUAGAUGAGGAAUACUAUUGGUAUUUGCUGUGGAAAAUUGUAAUGAGAUAAGAGAAGACAGAAAAAGAAAAUGAUUUCAGGACUGUCUCAGUUGCAGGAAGUAUGUAUUUAGUGCAGGUGUAUGUUUUGUGACCACAAAGAACAUUAAUUUGGCCAUUGCCAAGUAUUUUUCACUUCCCAUUUAAAGAACCAAACCACAGUAUUUUUUUCUGUUGCAAAAUCAUGUACUUCUCAUACUUAUGAUGCGAUUUAUUUAUGAAUCGUAGUGUGUGUGUUUUAUUUGUGCUGUCAGUGCCUUAUUCAGUGCCUUGUAUUUUUAUUGUUCUGUAACUGUGCACAUGAGUGUAGACAUUUAUUUUCCAGUUUGAUCAAAAUACCCCUUACCUCAGUGACACGUUCACUGAAAAACAUUGUGUAAAAGGUCUGCAAGAGAGGUUCUUUCUGCACAAAGCUUAAAUAAUUCAUAUUUGUUUAAUACUGACAAUCAGUAAUUGCAGUGAAUAGUUUCAUUUUACCCCCUGAUGCAGUCUGAUGCAGUUCACUUACUAUUGCCAUUAAUCAUAUGAGCUUCAUUGAAAUUCCACUUGCUACCAUGUAGAUCAAAUUUUAAAUCUUUUGGAUCUCUUCAGUUGCUAUUGAAUGAAUUGUACGAAAUCAGCUAAAAACUAUAUGUAUGAUAGUGUAGUCACAAUUUCUUCUGCUGUUUUACAUUAAAUCCUGUUUUUUCUUGGUAGAUGGCCAGCCAUUCUCCUGGUUGUAAUAGUUCACAUGUUAUUGUGAGACUGAAAAGUAUGUCUAAUUGUAAGGAUUUUUAAUAGAAGUUACUUUUAUAUCCAUCUGUUGAAUAAUGUAGGUAUGAUAAGGUAUUUAGCAAACAAACAAUCAGAAACAAAACACCAUGCGAAGUAGACAUAAGCGAUACUACUUUUGGAUAAAUCAACGCUCAAGGCACAAAAAAGAAAUGCUAAAAUGCCCGGAAGUGUAUGUUCCUUCUUCUAGGUAGACAAAACUCUGUAGAAUAUAACUAAACGGGAUUAGAAAAGAAGAUCAGGAGGAGAGAGAGAAAAGAAGAUAAUAGUGUAGAAUGUGACUGGUGAGAUUUUGUUUGGUGACAACCAAACAAAAUGGAGCCUAUCUUUGACAGAGAGAACGAUCAAGUUGGAAGUAAUAAAGUGAAACUGGAAGUGAAAACUUAAGAUUGAACAGAAGUAUGGAAAGAGGAGUGAAUAAUAGGAUUAGUAUAAAUGGGCAAACAUUUGUGGCUAGGUCUUUCUUCCUCUUAAUUUCUUUAUUCAUCAUUUGUGUUCUUUUACUUUUGCCAGCUGUAUUAUUUAUUUUGCCAUGCCAAACUAUAGAUUUUUUCUGCUAAUGUGUCACUCAGUUCAUAAUUCAACUCAGUGUUGCCCUUAUCUGUGUCUCGUUUCCCAGGGUCAUGGGUAUUUCGUUUGAUUUUAUUUUUAAAAGUCCUUGUACCUUUCCCUUCCCACUCCACUCCAUUUACUGUAAAUUUGAAGUACAGUGGGCUAUUAAUUGUACCUGUGAAACUGCUGCAGCUGCUGCUCCAACCUACAUUGCUUGUAGGCAGGCGCUCUCUCUCUCUCUCUCUCUCUCUCUCUCUCUCUCUCUCUCUCUCUCUCUCUCUCUCUCUCUCCCUCGCCCUUUUUCCCCUUCUCCCUCUCUGCCUCCCCCAAUCCCAUCAUGUGAGUAUGUGUUCAUUCUGUGUACUGUAGAUUUUCUUACAGUGUAAACUCUUGAGUGGCAUAUUUUCUUGUAGUAUUUAAAUCAAGCAUCAGAUAUGUCUUCCAUAACAUGUUUAAACUCACGCAUCUGGAAGGACUUUGUCAAUGGAUUAAACAGGGAAUUCCAGUACUGCAGCCUGGACUCUCUGCAUUGUAAGAGACUGCAAAUGAUACACCAAGUUUUCGAUAACAAUCUUUAAGAAGCUGACUUGUAAGUGUGUUUGUCUAUUUUUCAACAACAUUGUAACAGCAAUAACAACUGUACUACUCCUAUUUUAUAAAAUGUAAUGUUACUUCCAGAAAAGGACAAGAAAUUCAAUCAGUUUUUUCAUGUAUUUAUUUAAUUAUUUGCCCCUGUACAGGAAAUUAAUGCAGCCUCUGAUUAUGAAAUACUGCAUUUGUUGAAUUUUGUUAUUUAUUUUCAUAGAUUUAAUAAAUAAGAAAACUACCAGA